ACCUGAAACACUUAUUCAGAUAUUUGCAUGUUUUUCAUGUAACUUUCUAACAGUUUGACUGUUAGAUCUGUCUGGUCGCUCAGGAUGAAGGUUGAAGCGGUGGGACUAUACAUACACUGCUCCUGUUGUGUAGGCUAUGUGUUCUUGGUGAGCUCAUCCUGGCCCCUUUAGUGUGUGUGUGUUGGCCCCCAAUGAGAGAGAGAAUGGGUGGAAAGCAGAGGACAAAAUUCCUUCAGGACAAAUAAAGUAUCUAAACUAGGUUUCUAUGACUUGUAUGUGUUUGUGUGAGCAAAAGACACCACUUUGCUUCCUCAGCUCAGCAUCAUAACUUGUCAAAGUUACUACAGCGGUCAGCUGCACCUUUGUGGUGUCCGGACUAUCAAAGAUUUGGACCGCUGGAAUGUGCACGCCCUCUGUCGGCUGUCACCUAGUCAACUGCUGUCGGCAUUAGACCCUCGCGCUUGAGUGGUCCUGUUGCCUCCAAGAAGAUCUUCGGGUCUUGUGCACAUAACAUUGUUCUCGAUGGAGCAAGAGCAACUGUAACUAGAAUUUUAGCCGCAAUACGAAUGCAAACGGACACACGCAGCUAAAUCGUCACCAGCCGGCUUCUAUCUGAUAACAGCCCACAGAAGUCUGUAUCAUGGCAGAGCACCUUUCUCAGAGCGAACUGGACUACCCUUUCAAACUGCUGGAAUACUUCAACGGCUUCAGAGUGUCUAAGGUGAUAUUUUCUGCGUGUGAGCUCGGGGUGUUUGACCUCCUGCUGCAGUCCCAGAAUGCCCUGCAGGCUGGCGAGGUGGCGCGGGAGCUGGGCACCAGCCAGGAUGGCAUGGAGCGGCUACUGGACGUGCUGGUGGGCAUCGAGAUCCUGGAGGUGGAGCACAAAGAGGGCACAGCUUACUACAGCAGCACAGACGUGUCUAAUCUCUACCUGGCCAAAACCAGCCCCAAAUCCCUGCAUGACAUGAUCAUCUACCAAUCCCAAACCAUCUACCCGCUCUGGAACAACCUGGUGGACGCAGUCAGGGAAGGGAAGAAUCAGAAUGAAAAAACCUUUGGGUUAUCAUCCGAGGACAUCUUUUCAGCCAUUUACAGGUCAGAAGAGGAGAUGCUCAAGUUCAUGGGGCUUAUGAAUUCAACGUGGGCCAUUGACGGACAUGACAUAGUCACUGCUUUUAACCUCUCUGGUUUUAAAUCCAUGGUGGACCUCGGUGGCUGUUCGGGGGCCUUGGCUCGUGAGCUAGCCAGGGAGUACCCCUUCUCCACCGUGACCGUUCUGGACCUGCCCAAAGUGGUCCAAACGGCAAAGCAGCACUUCACAGAAGAGGGUGGCAGCACCAUCGCGUUCCAAGAGGGAGACUUCUUUGAAGGAGACCUCCCUCCAGCUGAUCUGUACAUUCUGGCUCGGAUUAUCCAUGACUGGAAAGAGGAGAAGUGUGAAAAGCUGUUGAAGAAAAUACACUCCUCCUGCUCUCCUGGUGGCGGUGUCAUGAUCGUGGAGGCCAUGCUGUUUGAGAAGCGGCGCGGGCCAAUCACUGCGCAGCUCUUCUCCCUGAACAUGCUGGUUCAGACGGAGGGGAAGGAGCACCCGCCGUCGCGCUACACACACAUGCUCACACAGGCCGGCUUCAGGGACGUGCAGGUGUGUCGCACGGGGAAGUCUUACGACGCCGUCCUGGCCAUCAAAUGAAGACUGCGCUGAAGGCCCGACCCCACCAUUCGCCUUAUUCACCCGGCGGCCAGAACGAGGCUACAGGGUACACUUGCCAUCACACUUCAGUCCAGCAGAU